UCUUAAAUAACAUCAUCAUAUAAAAUAAACAUGAACGGCAAUCUAUUUGAAAGCUUUAGGCUUCGUUGACAGAAGUGAUUUCUAGAAAGAGAUAGCAAUAGGUGAUCAGAUAUGAGGCUACUGUUUCAAAUCGGUGUGCUACUAUUGACACUACAGAGAGGGACAUCAACAGAUAGUUGUCUUCCUGAAGAUUUCCGAAAAAUAAGAUUGACCGGUCAAAGAAUCAUAAGAAAUGAGGGAGCUGUUCAACUGUGUGUCCGUUAUGGUCGUUCAGGUGAAUACACGUAUCUCUGGCACUACAUAAAGACUCAGGAAGGUUGGACUGAUAAUCUCAGAGCAGCAAACUUAUCCUGUAAAGAACUGGGUUUGAAUUACACAGGUGUCACAGCAAGUACAGUCCAGCUAACGGAGGAUGCUCAGACAGUAAUGUCAAAUAUUAAUUGUUACAGUGGAAAUAAAUUUUUUAGAGACUGCCUACCUGAUUCAUUAAGCACACGGCGUGACAAUGAAGUUGCUGGACUGAUUUGCAACUGCACAGAAGGAUCCCUACGACUGGUAGAUGGCUCCAGCUACAAUGAAGGACGAGUGGAGGUGUGCUCCAAUGGUCGCUGGGGUACAGUGUGUGGUGAUGGAUGGACAGAGAGAGAAGCUGCUCUAGUGUGCAGUAGACUGGGGUACCCAACUCUAAACACCGCAAUCACCAACUUUGGAGAGGGUAGUGGUCCAUUGUACAAUAUUACCUGUCCAAGUACGGGAAUUGAUGACCAGGAAUGUAUACCCAUAAUAACAACUGCUUCCUCAAGAUGCAACCACUCAACGGAUGUUGGAGUGAGGUGCCUUCCUUUUAUUGAUGUUUGUCCAGUUCCAGUCAACGAAAUAAUUGUCACAGUAACAGGUCAGCAACCUACAAUAGCAACACCUACACUUACGUCUAUGCUUGCAAAUCGUACCCCAACUGAACAAGAUGGCAAUGAGAUGACUACUACAGAAACCAGUAUCACCCAGAGUACAGCCAUGAGUGGUAGUGGGACAUUAGGAGCACUCAUUGGUCUAUUGGCAGUUGCUCUAGUGGUGGUUGUCACUGGAUGGAUUGGAACGUGUGUUUACUUACAGCAGAAAAUAAACAAGAAAUGCAAAGGCCACACCCAUACAUCAUCUGCCUCUAUGAAUGAUCCUACCCUCCAACUCAACAACCCAGCAUAUGGUGUUAGCACCACGGCCCCACACACCAUGUACAGCUCUCACGGACCCUCCUAUGAGGUCAUCAGCACUAACGAGGGGGUUGGGAACAGCUAUAAUGUCAUCAGCCGUAGGGGUUUGUCUAUACCACACCCACAUACAACACCCCCUGUAUCUAACGAGGAGUACAGUACGCUAGACAACAGCAGAGAGCACAUACUAGAGAGCAAUACUGGAAAUGGUGAAUAUUCAAUGGUUGGACAGAGUGACCCCCAGAAUGACGGGCCUGACCCCCAAGAUUACGAGGUGCCCGCCUCCCUCCAAGGUGGUGGGGAAGAGUACUCUACACUGAAGCAUUGAUAGCCUAGUAGCCUACGUACUGAACAACUUUAACUAAACAAGACUGACUCAAUGUGAGUAUUAUACGUGCCUUUUUUACGUGUACUGUUUGUGGGCAGCAUUAAAUUAUCAUGUAUGAACAUGUUAUUGUAUUAUAAUGUUAUAUGUACUAUAUCAGCACUCCAUAACUAAAGACAAGAAUUUACAA